UACCUCCAUGGUCUGUGAUGCUUGCUGCAUAGGACUCAUGGAAUUGAGAGAAAAAAGGUAGCUUAUGGUUACAGACAUAGAGCUAAAGCGACUGAAAGAUGCUUUCAAGAGAACUUGUGGACUCUCAUAUUAUAUGACUCAACAGUGCUUCAUCAGGGAAGUUCUUGGUGAUGGAGUCCCUCCAAAAGUUGCUGAGGUUAUCUACUGUUCAUUUGGAGGAAUAUCCAAAGGGCUGCACUUCAAUAACUUGAUAGUCGGAUUAGUUCUACUUACAAGAGGCAGAGAGGAAGAGAAAGCAAAAUACAUCUUCAGUCUCUUUUCUAAUGAAUCUGGGAGUUAUGUUGUCCGUGAAGAGAUGGAGAAGAUGCUGCAUGUGGUUGAUGGGAAAGUCCCAGAGUCACUCAAGAAAUGUUUCUCUGAGGGUGAAAAGGUAAACUAUGAGAAGUUCAGGGUUUGGCUACUGCACAACAAAGAUGCUUUCACGUUUUCCCGUUGGCUGCUGUCUGGAGGUGUGUAUGUGACACUCACUGAUGAUAGCGAUACCCCUACCUUCUAUCAAACCCUGGCUGGAGUCACACACUUGGAAGAAUCCGACAUCAUCGAUCUCGAAAAACGAUACUGGCUGCUAAAAGCUCAAUCAAGAACUGGACGUUUUGAUUUAGAAACAUUUGCCCCCUUAGUUUCCCCUCCUAUUCAUCCAUCUCUGAGUGAAGGUUUGUUCAAUGCUUUUGAUGAAAACCGAGACAAUCACAUAGAUUUUAAAGAAAUUUCCUGUGGGCUCUCAGCAUGUUGCAGGGGACCCUUGGCAGAAAGGCAGAAGUUUUGCUUCAAGGUUUUUGACAUUGACCGGGAUGGUGUGUUGUCUCGCACUGAACUUAAAGAAAUGGUGGUUGCACUUUUAGAGGUCUGGAAAGAUAACCGUACUGAUAAAAUACCUGAAUUGGACAUGGAUUUGUCUGAAAUUGUAGAAGAUAUUUUGAAUAUGCAUGAUACCACAAAGCUCGGACACCUCACUCUGGAGGACUACCAGAUAUGGAGUGUAAAGAGUGCACUUGCCAAUGAAUUUUUAAACCUACUUUUUCAGGUGUGUCAUAUAGUUUUGGGGCUACGACCUGCCACUCCAGAAGAGGAAGGACAGAUUAUUAGAGGCUGGUUAGAAAGAGAAAGCAGGUAUGGCCUUCAGCCAGGGCACAACUGGUUUCUAAUUGCAAUGCCAUGGUGGCACCAGUGGAAAGAAUAUGUCAAAUAUGAUGCAAACCCUGUUGUGAUAGAGCCUUCAUCUGUCUUGAGUGGAGGUAUGAAUUCACUCAUAGCUGCUGCAGCCAAUACUUCAGAACAGGGAGAAGACAAAAUGGGAGGUCUUAAUUACUUCAGUGCAACAGAAGAAAAGUUUUCAGAUAAUAUUUCUACUGCAUCAGAAGCCUCAGAGACUACUAGCAGCAGUAAGCAUCUUCUUUCCUUGGAGAUUCUAGGAGACAUCUUUGUGAAAGAAGAAGAGAUUUUUAGUUCAGUCAGUUCUUGUGAGAAUUUGAGAGAUGAUGUAUGUUUUGCUAGGCAGCAUAAUACUUCGGACAAUAAUAACCAGUGUUUCCUUGGAACCAAUGGGAAUACUUUACUACAGCUUAAUCCUCAGAAACCAGGAGCUAUUGAUAACCAGCCCCUAGUAACGCAAGAACCAGUGAAGGCUGCAUCGUUAACAAUGGAGGGUGGAAGAUUAAAGCGAUCUCCACAGUUGAUUGAAGGAAAGGACUACAUAAUGGUACCAGAACCAGUUUGGAGAGCACUUUACCAUUGGUAUGGAGCAAAUCUGUCCUUGCCCAGACCGGUGAUCAAAAACAGCAAAACAAAUGUGCCUGAACUAGAGUUAUUUCCUCGCUAUCUGCUCUUCCUGAGACAGCAGCCUGCCACUCGAACGCAGCAGUCAAACAUCUGGGUGAAUAUGGGGAAUGUACCUUCACCGAAUGCUCCUUUAAAAAGAGUGUUGGCUUACACUGGCUGCUUUAGUCGAAUGCAAACAAUUAAAGAGAUACAUGAAUAUCUCUCCCAGAGGCUACGUAUAAAGGAAGAAGAUAUGCGCCUAUGGUUAUACAAUAGUGAGAACUAUCUUACUUUGCUGGAUGAUGAAGAUCACAGGCUGGAGUAUCUUAAAAUCCAAGAUGAGCAGCAUUUAGUAAUAGAAGUUCGAAACAAAGACAUGAGCUGGCCAGAAGAGAUGUCUUUUAUAGCAAACAGCAGUAAAAUAGACAGACAUAAAGUUCCUACUGAAAAGGGUGCUACUGGAUUAAGCAAUCUGGGUAACACAUGUUUCAUGAACUCCAGUAUCCAGUGUGUCAGUAAUACACAACCUCUAACACGGUAUUUCAUCUCAGGAAGACAUCUUUAUGAACUUAACAGGACAAAUCCAAUAGGAAUGAAAGGACACAUGGCCAAGUGCUAUGGGGAUUUGGUUCAGGAGUUGUGGAGUGGAACUCAGAAGAAUAUAGCACCGUUAAAGCUGCGGUGGACAAUAGCAAAAUAUGCUCCAAGAUUUAAUGGCUUUCAACAGCAAGACUCACAGGAGCUUCUGGCUUUUCUUUUGGAUGGUCUUCAUGAGGAUUUGAACAGAGUUCAUGAUAAGCCAUAUGUUGAAUUGAAAGACAGUGAUGGUCGACCAGACUGGGAAGUAGCAGCAGAGGCCUGGGAAAAUCAUCUGAGAAGAAACAGAUCCAUUGUUGUAGAUUUAUUUCAUGGGCAGCUGAAGUCACAAGUAAAAUGUAAAACUUGUGGACAUAUAAGUGUUAGAUUUGACCCUUUUAAUUUUUUAUCCUUGCCUUUGCCAAUGGACAGCUACAUGCACCUAGAAAUUACAGUAAUUAAAUUAGAUGGUACUACUCCUGUUCGAUACGGCCUGAGAUUGAACAUGGAUGAAAAGUACACAGGUUUGAAAAAACAGUUAAGUGAACUCUGUGGGCUAAAACCAGAACAGAUUCUACUUGCAGAAGUGCAUAGCUCCAAUAUAAAGAACUUUCCUCAAGACAACCAGAAAGUCCGGUUAUCAGUGAGUGGGUUUUUGUGUGCAUUUGAAAUACCAAUUCCAGGAUCCCCUACAUCAGCAUCAAGUCCUGUGCAGACAGAUGUCUCAACUGGGCCGUCAGCUAAUGGAGCACCCAACAUAAUGAUGAAUGGGGACCUUCCUAAACCAAGCCUAAUUCCAAACGGAAUGCCAAAUACUGUAGUGCCAUGUGGAACAGAGCGUAACCUUGCCAACUGGACUCUCAACGGUCAUGUGCCCUUGCUUUCUGAUAGUCCAUGUACAGGGUAUAUAAUUGCAGUCCACAGAAAAAUGAUGCGGACAGAAUUAUAUUUUCUUUCAUCUCAGAAGAAUCGUCCUAGUCUCUUUGGAAUGCCACUAAUUGUUCCUUGUACAGUUCAUACACGGAAAAAAGACCUGUAUGAUGCAGUGUGGAUUCAGGUUUCCAGGCUUGCUAGCCCUCUCCCGCCUCAGGAAGCUAGUAAUCAUGCACAAGACUGUGAUGAUAGCAUGGGAUAUCAGUAUCCAUUCACCCUAAGGGUAGUUCAGAAGGAUGGAAAUUCUUGUGCUUGGUGUCCAUGGUACAGAUUUUGCCGUGGCUGUAAAAUUGAGUGCACAGAAGAUAGAGCUUGUGUUGGGAAUGCUUACAUUGCUGUAGACUGGGAUCCAACAGCACUCCAUCUGCGCUACCAGACGUCGCAAGAACGGAUUGUAGAAGAACAUGAAAGCGUUGAACAAAGCCGACGAGCUCAAGCAGAGCCCAUCAAUCUGGAUAGUUGUCUUAGAGCCUUCACCAGUGAGGAAGAACUGGGGGAGGAUGAGAUGUACUACUGUUCCAAAUGCAAGACCCAUUGUUUGGCCACCAAAAAACUGGAUCUUUGGAGACUUCCUCCUAUUUUGAUCAUUCAUCUGAAAAGAUUUCAGUUCGUAAAUGGCCGCUGGAUAAAAUCUCAGAAAAUUGUUAAAUUUCCCAGAGAAAAUUUUGACCCAAGUGCCUUUUUGGUACAAAGGGAUCCAAGUCAUUUUCAAAGAAAGCAGCUAACGCUCCAGGUUGACAGCCUUCCUGAACCACGGACUCUCCAAGGGGAGUCUAGAAAAAUAGAUCUGCAGAUCACUUACACACCAGGAGAAGGAGAUAUACUGAACAGAAGUCCAUCCUCCCUUAACACUACUGUCUUGAAUAAUAUCAAAGCAUCUCCGUCUUUGGGGAGGAAAAGUGGAACCAGCUGUCCUUCAAGUAAAAACAGUAGCCCAAAUAGUAGCCCAAGGACUUUAGGAAGAGGUAAAGGACGUCUGCGGCUACCACAACUGGGUAAAAACAAACUGUCAAGUAGCAAAGAAAAUUUGGAUGCAAGUAAAGAGAAUGGUACUGACCAGGAACAGAGAUUUACUUCUGAUCAAAGUGAUGCUCUUACUAGAGGGCAGAUUUUGGGUGGUAGCCAGAGUGAACUAUAUACUGCUCAGGACAGUGAGAUGACUCUAGCCAAUGGAUACAUCUGUGAGCAGAAUGCAUAUAGUAAUGGCAGUAUCAACGGUCAAAUUGAUAACCAUAGCGAGGAUGAUACUACAGAUGACCAAAGAGAAGAAGUAUGUGUUAACCCUAUUUACAAUCUAUAUGCAAUUUCGUGCCAUUCAGGAAUUAUGGGAGGGGGUCAUUAUGUCACUUAUGCCAAAAACCCGAACAACAAGUGGUACUGCUACAAUGACAGUAGCUGUAAGGAAUUGCAUCCCGAUGAAAUCGACACCGACUCUGCCUACAUUCUUUUCUAUGAGCAGCAGGGGGUAGACUAUGCACAAUUUCUGCCAAAGAUAGACGGCAAAAAGAUGGCAGACACAAGCAGCAUGGAUGAAGAUUUUGAGUCAGAUUAUAAGAAGUACUGUGUUUUACAGUAAGCAGAUGAUCUUCCAUGGACUGUUUUGAGAAUGUGAGGGAUAACAUCCUGAAACUUACAUUUGGCAAAAAUGUUAUUGAAACGGAUAACCUAAGUGUAGUUGUUGUACCCUGUGAUCUGAAAGCACAAAAGGAAAACCCUAAUUAAAUAGCAGUUAAUAUAAAGAUAGUAUUGUUUUGUUCUGUUAUCUCAAUACAUGCUCUAAACAUUUCUGAUGUUAGGCAUCAGGCUGAGACUGCCAUUGGCCUUUAAAUAAAAUGGUUUGAGAAAAGCCGACUAGGACCAAAUAAGAGCUAAAUUAAAUAGUCCAAAUAAGAGCUAAACAAAGUAGUGUAGAGUUUACCAACUGUUCUAACAAACCCCUAAGGCUCUCUCUAGGUUUAAGAUAAUGGGGAAAAAAAAAUUGUAGUGUUGUCUUUGGACAACAUGAUAUUGCUACCUCCUUUUUCCUGCAGUUUUAUUGCAUUUUAUUGGCAAAACAGGGAAAGCAAGAGAAUGAAAAGUGCACAAAUUUCAAGAAUGAACAUCAAGAGUAGGAGACGUUUCCAGUUUUGCCACCACUAGUGUGUGUCAGUUGCUUUCUUUCUGUAUGUUGGGAGCACAACCAAAUCAUAAUUUGAGAAGUGAUUGAUUUCUACACUUGAAUGGUUUAUUACAAUUGUGUUUUCUCCACGUGUUGGCUGUGCAGAUCAACAUGUUUCAGGAAUGGCUUUUCUGCCUGAAGAGUGCUAUCUCAAACUUUUGAGAUGCCUCAAGAAGAAACUUCAGGUUGAAGAGAGUAGUUGUGAUUAUACGCAUGGUGUCUUAAAAUGUGCACAUUGCACAAAAUGUUCCCAGCUUUUGGAAGGAAAGAUGCUUGAGCUUAUGUUUCAUGACUGGUGUUGCUUUUAAAUUUGCACUUUUAAAAAUUCGUAUAAUUAAAUUCAAAAACAUAGUUUGUUUUUGUUGUUGUAAGGGCUCUGAAGUGAAUGGCUGUGAAUUAUCCACUGUGUAUUUCAAACAAAUAAGAAGCUGUGGCUGUCAGGUAGCUAUCGUAGCAUUCAUGGAUGGUUUUUUUAUUGGUUUUUCAUAAUUUAAUGGAGUUUCUUUUUUUCAAAAUUUGGUUGCCUUUUCGAAUUUUCUUUUUUGCAACAGGUUAUGCAUAUACUUGCAGUUAAACCAGAAUUGCUUUCUGUGCCCUUGCAACAUGCUCUUUUAAGUCAACAGGCUUAUCGCAUGAAGGAGAGCAUGACUGAGUCUUAGCAGAGACUGGAAAAAAGAUGGUUAUUUUUUGAGUAUUUCUUUAAACAUUUUCAGUGUUAAAUUGUUUGCAUAUCUGAAUGAAGAUAAAAGUUUCACUCUUUCGGCCUUUUGUUCUUCAGCUGAGUCUAAGCAGCUUACUAAUUUUGUCAUGUGUCAUCUUCCAAAUUCUUUAGGUUUUGUAUCUUCACUAACAAAAUUGGUACUUACGCGGUUGAUCUCUGAAGUAAACGUUUGGAUUAAUUUUAAUGUGUUUUACAAGAAUGCCAAGCCUAACAGUAAGUUUAUAAUUUCCAGAAAGAUCAGAGUUUUAUCCAUUUAAGAAAUUAUAUCAGCUGAUCUUGCUGUCUUUACUCAGGCAAAAACCUCCCUGCCUUUGUUGGAGGUCGUGUCUCCUUGAGGACAGCAGAUCGGUUCCAAAAAAAGUAUCGUCUUACUUGUAAAGUGUUGCUCCCUGUCCUAUAUGGUCUUUUAUCUUUAAAGUGGUCUAAACAUUGAGACUGAAGAAAAGCAAACAUGACUUGUGAAUUUCUAGGUUAGAAGCUUUUUCAGUACCCAUUUGUCUACUCCUCCCUACGCAAACUCCACGAAAAGUGAAAGAUUUUCAACUGAUUUACUUUAAAAUGUUUUAUUUAAGCAGGUAGCACAAUCUACUAAUGUUAUUUGAUCUUCUGUGUUUGUUACAUUGGUUGUAAUUAAUUUUUUUAAAUUAAAUUAAUUCAUGAAUUAGUAGUAAAUUUAUUAAGUUAACUAUUAACUACAUUCACUUUGUAAAUUAUUGUAUAAAACUUAUUGACAAUGCACUGACUUUAGAAAGAUGUUAAUGUACAUAAAUACCUUGUAAAUAAAAUAGUGUUGAUGUACUGGAAUAUGAGCUGUAUUAAAAAAAAAAGGUAUCGGUAAUUGUAUAUGGAGUGAACCUGUUUAUCUGUAACUAUAUUAUUCAAACAAAUUAAAUACUGUGGAUGCAGAUGAUGUGUCA